UGGACAUGUUGUCGCUGUGGACAUACUGGUUGAACUGUGUGCUGCUGUCAUGCAUUUUCGGCGAGCUCCAAGGAAGAUCUCUUCGCAGCCCCGAGAUCCAAGGAAGAUCUGCUCGGAGUUCUCAUCGCCUCAGCUUCCUUGACCGCACAAGAAAGCGCCCCUUCCGUCGCCACUUUCGUGUCCGCUUCGAUGAGUGCGACCUCGGCGGUAUCGUCUAUCAUCCGAACCAUCUCCGCUACUGCUUCGACACUCUCGAUGCGGCGUUCGAGCAGCGGAUCAAGGAGGGUGUGCUGGAGGGGCUUGGCUGGGAUCCCCUGAUGAAAAAGACCACGGUGGUGUGGCACCGGCCCCUCAAGCAUCGCGACCGCUUCAUUGUCGAGGGCAUGGUGACACGGUGGGGCAACAGCUCGUUUGACGUGGGCUUCGUAGGCCUGGCGUCACGGGGAGGGGCGCCCGUGUUCGAGGCACGGCACACGUUUGUUGGACUGAACAGGACGACGGGGCGGCCUGCGAGGGUGCCGUCGGUGGUCAGGGCUGCCCUUGGCGAUGCGAUGGACUACUCCAAGUUUGUGCAGGGGCGAACCAGGAGACGAAAAAUGCUGUCGUGGUUCUCGUAGGCCUAGGCAGUGGGUGCAAGUAGCUAGCUGGCCGUGGGCAAGACAGACAGACAGACAGACAUUUGUUGUGAUUGAUGGAUGCAUUUAGCUCACUAACAGUACUGUGUGUGCAUAGUGAUCGACACGGCAAGACACGGAAUGUGUGCCAAUGACAGACAGACAGACAGACAUACACAGUCAAUGUAUGCAUGUAUAUAUGUACUCGAG